ACAAUCCUCUGCGCAUGCGCAGUACUGAGACGGGGCUCCCCAGCGUUUCCCAGGGUAACCAUCAACAAGCCCGUUAGCCCGCUGUAGCGAGCUGACUGUAUGUUUAGCUUUAGGUUGAACAAUUUAUGAGUAUCUCUACUGUCUGUAUUAAAUUAGGCAAACUACGUUUAGCGAUACUAAUUACACACCAGGCAUAGAAAGCGUAAUAGCUAACGUUGGCUAGCAUUACAGUGAACUUAGCGAACACUAGCUUAGCUAGCAUGCUAACGUCAGUAAGCGUGUCUACGGGAAAGCGUGUAGCGGUGCAGUUUUCAGAAUGACAAAUCAGCCGUUCAGCACGCUGGCUUACACCAAGAGCCCGAAAACAACAAGGAGAACAACAUUUCAGGACGAACUUCAGGCUGCUGUCUCCGCUAGGGCCAACCAAACCAAAACGGAUCGGUACUCGUACUCAGACGACUUCAAUGACGAUGAAGACGAUUUUUUUAAUGAGCUCCUUAAAUCAAGAAAAAAAAAGUCCGGGUCGAUCAAAACGGCGAAGAGUCAAGCCAAAAUAAACAACUUUGACAUUUCAGACGAUGAGGGCAAACAGGGCCGGACAAAGAAAGUUUCCUUUCUAAAGACCCAGAGAAUUGUCUCUCCCUCUCCCUCCAAGUCACGCGAAGACGAGCCACCUGACCCCCCUGCCAGUCCACACAGCAGUCCCGGCCUGGUUCCCCCAUCCUCGCCGCGCUCCACCAACAUCAGCGAUGAAAACGUCCGACUUGACAGCAAUGACGCGCUGUCCACCGAUUCCCGAAUCACGAGACGGAGCUCCAGUAAAUCGGUGUCCUACCACACGUCCGAUGACUCUCUCCUGGACAUGCCGUUGCCCUUGCCGUCUGACAACAUCAUUGAGGGUCCCCCGUGUCUUGGGGAGGAGAGGAGCUCGGCCCUGGAGGGAGGCUCCCAGACUGCACCGGUAUCAGCGCCUGACCUCCCACGCGUGUCCUCACCAGAUACCAAUAGGGAACCACCAAGGCCCAAACCGAGGCAGAGGACUCUCGGAUUGGGCCUUCGCGCUGUGGAGAAGGCGGCCGAAGACGCUGGAUCUCCGGAUGUCAGCAGGCCCCAGACGUCCUCUGCAUCCAUCCCCCUGUCCCCCGACACGUCCAGCAGCCUCGCCUGCGGGGAAGGAAGUCGGGCGGCUUCAGGCUGCCUCAGCAAAUCCUCUUUGAGGAAGAGUGAGCAGUCUCAGCUAAAGACCACAGUUGAUUCUGGAUCCAGAGACGGCUUUAUUUCCGAUGGCAGCGAAGCGCUGGAGAGAAACUACUCCACAUCAUUUGAGGAGUUUCACGCUGACUCCGGAGAUCACUUGCAGGUCCCUGCUGUCCACCAAAAAGCCUGUGAGACCAGAUCGCACAGUGUGUGCUCCGGGGAGGUGGAAUCAAAGUACCUGGGGACUCUCAAACUCCUGGACCGCAAAGUCUCGCCGCACGAGUCUGAGCCCCGGGCAGUAGAUUCCCUCAGGGCUGCCAUUUACCAGGAAUGGCUUCAAAAGAAAAAAGAAAAGUCCCGAGAUACCAUGCAAAUAAAGAAGGAGGAGGAAAUCCUGAAAGAGAAGAAACUAAAGGAAGAAGAGGCUAAAAAGGGAGAUGCUGUUGCAUCGUACGAGGCUUGGAAAGAAAAGAAGGCAGAGAGUCUCAAAGCAAAAGCCAAAGAAAAGCAGGACGCGAUCCGAAAAGCGCAAAGAGCAAAACAAGAGAACGAAGAAAAGAAGCAAUCCGCUAAACAGGUCUUUGAAAAGUGGAAACUUGAGCAUGAUCGCAUCCUCAUAGAAAAGUCCAGAAGACAAAGAGAAGUUGAAAAUAAACUUAGCCUCAGAAAACAACAGAAGGAGGAAGAAAGAAAGAGAGGCAGCAAAUCUGCCUUUUCUGACUGGCGUGAGAAGAAGACCGUUGUUCUGCAUGAAAAAGUCUCAAUAAAGCGCGAAGAAAGCCAGAAUAAAGCGGAGGAGGAGCGCUACAUGAAGGAGGAGAGAGACAAAAUGGCCUUGGAGAUGUAUGAAAGCUGGCUGGUACGGAAGGAUCUGGAACAGAAGAGACAAAGAGAAGAAAGACGAAUACAAGCGAUACUCCAAGACGACCCUCCUCCUCCGUGGAGUCCACCGAAUAAAACCAUCCCCUUUGGGAAAUAACUGUGAUAGAUUCCUAUAGAUGGCUUCUGUGUUACAUUUGAAGUCUGUUCUGUGUGUUGCAUUUUAAACAUUGAUGGAAGCUUCUGAAUUUUAUAUACGUAUUUUAUACAGUUUAGAUGUGUCACUUUAGCCAGCAGCCCUACUGCCGGCGUAUAUAUAGUAUGUUUUUUGGUGAAAUGUUGAGCCAGUUGGUAAAUAUUUCCUGUGACAUGAGGAUGUGUCGGUAUCAAAGGAAAAUUGCAACGACAAAUCAUUUUUAUAAAGGUCAUGAUGUGCUAUUACAAUGUUAUACAUGUGUAAAGUGGCAAUAAGAAAACAGGAUUGAUAUAAAAAGCAAAUUUAAUUGGU